AUGGAGGCCGUCAUUCGAGAUGCGCCCUUCGGGCAGCUUGUCCGAUACUUGACCAAAAACAAAUACUUCCAAUACCCCGAAGAAAAGCCUGACUUCAAGCUUCCCGACACAUGGCUGGAGCUUCUGAAUGAUUCCGCAAGUAUCAUCGGAGAUGAAAAGGUUAUCUCACCAGAGACAAAUCACAACAGUCACAACAGUCACAACAGUCACAACAGUCACAACAGUCACAACAGUCACAACAGUCACAACAGUCACAACAGUCACAACAGUCACAACAGUCACAGUAGUGAGCCUUUGAGCCGAGCCUCCACCCAGGCUUCCCAAAUCGAAGCCCGCCUACAGCUCGAGGAACAACAUGAGAUCGAGAAAACAAAGUCCAUUCCAAUUGCGCCGAAGAAGACAAAAGAUGGGGCCAUCCUCGUCGACUGGUACUAUACCGACGACUCGGACAAUCCUCACAAUUGGUCUAAUCGAAAGCGUGCUCUCAUUGCCACCAUCAUCUGUUUAUACACUUUCGUUGUAUACACGACCUCCGCUAUCUAUACCUCCUCCACAGAGGGUAUCAUGAGGGAGUUUGGUGUGGACACUCUGCUCGCAACACUGGGUCUGUCGCUUUAUGUCCUUGGUUAUGGUAUCGGUCCAUUGGCCUUCUCUCCAUUGAGUGAGAUCCCUGUCAUCGGUCGCAACCCGGUCUACAUCAUCACCAUGUUCCUCUUCGUCAUCAUCUCUAUCCCAACAGCUCUGGUGAAGAACUUCGCCGGUCUGAUGGUACUUCGUUUCCUGCAGGGCUUCUUCGGCUCCCCCUGUCUUGCCUCUGGAGGUGCCUCCAUCCAAGACAUGUAUAGCUUGAUGGCUCUUCCCUACGCCAUGAUGGCUUGGGUCUCCGCCGCUUACUGUGGACCUGCUCUCGGCCCCCUACUCAGUGGCUUCGCCGUCCCCGUGAAAGGCUGGCGCUGGUCUCUAUACAUCUCAAUCUGGGCCUCCGCGCCGGUCCUGAUCGUGAUGUUCCUGUUUCUCCCAGAAACCAGCAGCGCAACCAUCCUGCUCAGACGCGCAAGCCGCCUCCGCAAGAUCCAUAACAACGAGCGCUUCAUGGCUCAAUCUGAGAUCGACCAGCGGAACAUGCGCGUUUCAGCAGUUGCCAUUGAUGCCCUCAUCAAGCCUCUGGAAAUCACCAUCAAAGAUCCCGCAGUGCUCUUCGUCCAGAUCUACACUGCCAUCAUCUACGGCAUCUACUACUCCUUCUUCGAGGUCUUCCCUCUCGUCUACCCAGUCGACUACGGUAUGAACCUCGGCCAGAUCGGUCUCGUCUUCCUGUGUAUUCUGGUUUCAUGUAUUCUGGGUAUCGCCGUCUACGUCGCUUACAUCCACUACUGGAUGAACCCCCGCAUUCGCCGCUUCGGAUUCGGUGCUCAGGAGUCUCGUCUCAUCCCUGCUCUACCGGCCUCUUUCGGUCCUACUAUUGGUCUCUUCCUCUUUGCUUGGACGGCGCGUGAGUCUAUUCAUUGGAUUGCGCCAACUAUCGGUAUCACCAUCUAUGGUGCGACCGUGUUCAUCGUUAUGCAGUGUAUCUUUGUCUAUAUCCCUCUAAGCUACCCGCAGUACGCGGCUAGCUUGUUCGCUGCGAAUGAUUUCUUCCGCAGUGCUCUUGCUUGUGGAAGUGUGUUGUUUGCGCACCCGCUCUUUGGAAACUUGGGCGUCGCUCGCGGUGUCAGUCUUCUUGGUGGAUUGAGUGUUAUUGGUAUUAUUGGUAUCUGGCUGCUUUACUUCUAUGGUCACCGACUCCGUGCUCUGAGCAAGUUUGCUCUCUCGGAAUAG